CGCUCACCAUCAGACAGCGGGAGUCACCGGCGGAGAGAACACCGACUCAUACGCUACACUAGUUAGGAGACAAACGCUGCCUUCAGGAGCGUUGCUUUCACGAAACGACAUGGGAGACCGAGUGGCUUUACUGCUGCUCGCUGUGGUGGCCUCGGCCAUGGCUGUGGAGGUUCCCGCGGACGUUUCCAUGGGUCUGCUGGCCGAGCCCCAGGUGGCCAUGUUUUGCGGUAAACUCAACAUGCACAUCAACGUGCAGAGUGGCAAGUGGGAGCCCGACCCCUCCGGCAGGAAGAGCUGCAUCGGUACCAAAGAGGGCAUCUUGGGGUACUGCCAGGAGGUGUAUCCAGAACUCCAAAUCACCAACGUGGUGGAAGCCAACCAGCCACCCCGUCACGUCUUCAGCCUGCUGAAGAAGUAUGUCCGCGCCGAGCAGAAGGACAGGCAGCACACCCUCAAACACUUUGAACACGUCCGCAUGGUGGACCCCAAAAAGGCAGCUCAGAUCAGACCUCAGGUGCUGACUCAUCUGCGUGUUAUUGAGGAACGUAUGAACCAGUCUCUGGGCCUUCUCUACAAAGUCCCUGGUGUCGCCGACGACAUCCAAGACCAAGUUGAGCUCCUGCAGAGGGAGCAGGCCGAGAUGGCCCAGCAGCUGGCCAACCUGCAGACCGACUCCAGGGUGAGCUACGGGAACGACGCCCUGAUGCCCGACCAGGAAUUCGACCAGACUGACCCGCUGCCCCAGGAGGACGUCCUGGGAGGAGUCGGCUUCAUCCACCCCGAGAGCUUCAACCAGCAGAACACAGAGAACCAAGUGACCGAAGUCAAGAUGGACGCUGUCCCCGAGAUGCGAAUGGAGACCGAGGACAGACAGAGCACCGAAUAUGAAGUCCACCACCAGAAACUGGUCUUUUUCGCCGAGGACGUCAGCUCCAACAAGGGCGCCAUAAUCGGGCUCAUGGUGGGAGGCGUGGUCAUAGCAACGGUGAUCGUCAUCACCCUGGUGAUGCUGAGGAAGAAGCAGUACACUUCCAUCCACCACGGAGUCAUUGAGGUGGAUGCUGCCGUCACCCCCGAGGAGCGUCACCUGUCCAAGAUGCAGCAGAACGGCUACGAGAACCCCACCUACAAGUUCUUUGAGCAGAUGCAGAACUGAGGCGACAAAUGGAAAAAARAGAAUUUAAUAAACACACACACACUCAUAAACAUACUAUCACCUCCUCCCUCCGCCUCUCCUCCUGUGUCAAACCACUUCCUUCACUUUACUGCAGCAAGACGCCUUUUUCUCUUUCUUUUUUGUUUAAUUAAAUUAAGUUGUAGAAGUUGCUGCGUCUGGGCCGUAAGCGGGGGGUAAAAAAAAAAAAAAAAAAGACAAAAAAAAAAGCACACUUUCUCAGUUUAGUUUCGGGUCGGCACGUCUCUAAAAACAAAAUGAUUACAUCCUCCUGGAGAACAAGUGAGUGUCCCCCUCUCUUUCCUGUCUCCUCCCUCCAUCCUUUCUCUUCUCCUUCCACGCAACAGCUGGGCUGUGUGAAGCCGCUCCGGGCUCCGAAGGGGCAACACGGCGACCACGGCUGUAGUAAAUGUUGGAGCUGUUUUUACUUUGUCGUUUCCACUUUUCUUUUUUUCAAAAAAGAUCGAAAACUGUAAAAAAAAAAAAAAAACAAAAACAAAAAAGUAAACUGAUGUAAAGUCAUUUUUUUUUAAAUUGCGUGUAAUGUUGCUGAAGUAAUAAUGCUGAAGUCUUAGCUGUUUAUGUAGUGUGCAUGACAACAGGAUUUGGAGUAAGAGAAAAAAAAA